AUGAAGACAUCAGUACCCACCACAAGAGCCGCCACAGUCAUCAUCUGCCCAGGCAAUGGAUGCACCAACGUUAAAAGAUCCAAUUGGUACGGUGAAUUCCACACCCAACUGCAAGAGCUAAAGAUACCCAGUGUUUGUGAAAACUUUCCAGAUCCCCAUCGAGCCCGUCGUGCCAAAUGGAUCCCCUUUAUCCGUGCCAAGGCAGAAGAAACCGAGGAUCCUUCCAACAUUAUUCUCGUCGGUCAUAGCUCGGGAGCACAAGCGGCACUGCGAUAUGCCGAGCAGUAUCCCCUCAAGGCGGUCGUCUUGGUGUCCGCCACAUAUACCGAUUUGGGCGAUGCCGGGGAACGGGCGUCGGGAUAUUACCCGCAGACGAAUGCCGAUGGAGGGGAGGUUACCAAUCCCUAUCUGUUUGACCAAAUGAAACAGAACUGUCCCAUUUGGUAUCAAUUUCAUUCCGAUGAUGAUCCCUUCAUUCCCUUGCACGAGGCCGAGCAAAUAAGAGAUGGUCUCGGCUUGACGGAUACAUACAAGAUGCUGCCAGGACGAUCUCAUUUCUUUGAAGGAUUCCCCGAACUUCGAGAGCUGUUUGUGUCGUCCGCUUUUAUGUAG